AUGAUAUCUUUAGAAUGCAGGAAAUGGAUGGUGUUGGUGGCGGUGAUAUGGAUACAAGCGUUUACGGGUACAAAUUUCGACUUCCCCUCUUAUUCAACCAAAAUGAAAUUCAAACUGAAAAUCAAUCAGUUGCACCUCAAUUACUUGGCAAUGGCUUCGGAUGUCGGUAAGUUGUCCGGGUGGUGUUCAGGUGUUCUUCUAUUGUAUCUCCCGAAAUGGAUUGUGCUUUUCAUGGCUGCUUUCAUUGGUUUGUUCGCCUACGGUCUUCAAUGGCUUAUCAUUCAGCGAGCCAUCUCUUUGCCUUAUUUCGUGGUGUUCUUUUUGUGUUCAUCAGCCGGUGCAAGCAUCACAUGGUUCAACACAGUCUGUUUCCUUUUAUGCAUCGAAAACUUCCCAGAAAACUGGCCACUUGCUGUAUCUCUAAGUGUUAGUUUCAAUGGAGUAUCAGCAGCUUUAUACAACAUCAUCGUCAAAAAAUUAAGCCCGAAUAAUAAAAACACCUCUUACCUUAUUCUAAAUGCCGUUAUCCCUUUGAUCACAGCAAUUGCAGCACUAGUCCCAAUCCUCCAACAACCCGGCUCCCAAAAAGAGCUUCAAAUAGAUGAAAAUGUCAACAAAGAUGAUGCAUAUAUAUUCGUCUGUAUGUAUAUAUUAGCAGCCUUUACAGGCCUGUAUCUAUACUUUGUAGGUCCAGCAUCACAAAAUAUAUUUGUUGUGGCAUUGUUGUUGGUAGUGCUCCCAUUGCUCUUACCAAUAACCGUCUAUUCUCUUAAACGGGUGUACCUGGCCCUCCAAUCCAAAAAGCACCCUGUUGAAGGACCAAGUUACAAUUUGGUUGAAACAAAACAUCAACAGUUGGAAGCACCCAGUUACAGUUUGGUCGAAAUGAAACAUGAAGAAGAACCUUCAGAAGAAAGUUCUAUUUUCAAUGAUAAUUUAUGUGGUUUUCAUGGGAUUUUAGCCAAAGAUCGAUUGAGAGUGCUUGGCGAGGAACAUACUGCUACAUAUUUGGUGACUCGAUGUGAUUUCUGGCUUUACUACAUUGCAUAUUUUUGUGGGGGUACUAUUGGACUAGUUUACAACAAUAAUCUUGGCCAAAUUUGUCAAUCACUUGGGUACAUCUCCGAGACCAAAGCACUUGUCACGAUCUAUUCAACGUGCUCGUUUCUUGGUCGUCUUUUUUCGGCUGCUGCAGACUUAGUUGGCUGCUUUUACCACCAGACUCGUACGAAUAUGUAUACAGCUAGAACCGGGAGGUUAACGCUUGCAAUCGUGCCAAUACCUAUUGCUUUUCUUGUGCUAGUUCUCUCGGACAGCAAGAUUGCUUUGCAUACAGCCACAGGGUUGAUGGGAAUCUCGUGCGGGUUCUUAAUUUCAACCGCCAUUUCGAUCACUUCUGAGCUUUUUGGAUCAAAAAGCUCAGGAAUCAAUCAUAACAUCCUCAUAACCAACAUUCCAUUGGGAUCAUUACUAUAUGGCCUUCUUGCAGCUCUAAUUUACGAUUCCAACAUUGACAGCUCAAACGAGGAGGUUGUCGAUGGAUCGAAGGUAUGUAUUGGUCGACGAUGCUAUAAUGAGACAUUUGGCUUGUGGGGUUGCAUUUCUUUUGUAGGUUUCGCUUCUAGUUUUCUGCUUUUCUUAAGAACAAAAGCGGCUUAUGAAGAAUACUAUAAUAGAAGAAAUCGGAUCCCCGAGGAGGGCAAGAUUUUACUCCAAGACGAUGACGAAUGCUUGAUUUAGAGUUGAGAGAAAUGAUGAAUGCUUGAGAGUUGAAAGACAUGUUAAGAAGUUGAAAGAAAUGAUGAAUGCUUGAGAGUUGAAAGAUAUGUUAAGAAGUUGAGAGAAAUGAUGAAUGCUUGAGAGUUGAAAGACAUGUUAAGAAG